CUUACUGUCUGGAUGCCAGCUAUCUCCACAGCAGUUUUUGAGGUGAUUAAUCCGGCACUAGCAGAAUCCGGGUUGAUGCUCUCAACAAUAAUAUAUCUGAUCUCUGUGUCAAAGUCUUCCAGAUUUAUCACAUGCUUCUCAUAGACAUACACACCUUUCAGCAUGUCUUUCACAAGCUCAUAAAUGAGUCGAGAAGGUGUGUGUUUUCUAAACUCCCCACUCUGGACCACCACAGUUAUCUUGACACCUCUCAGUUUAGGGCAGGGUACAGGUGAGAGCUGGGAGGGCUCCAGGUUCAGAUGUGUGGGUGGAUGAGAGAUCAGAUUUGGAGAGGCACAUUUUAUGUCCAUCUGCAGGAAACCCUCAGCCAGGUCAGAUCUGGGCCAAGCCGUGCACAGGCAGCUUCCCCCUGGAAGACACACCAGCAGAGGGGAGCCCAGACUCAGACCCAGCGAGGACAUCAAACCUGGACCGAGUCUGCAUCUCUGAGAGCCCCGAUCUGACACAUCUACUGACAGCAGCCUCACAGACAUCCUCCACUCUUAGCACACAGCGAAAACACGUGGCGUUAAUUCUUCAUCAGCAGCUGAAUUCAGUCAAAAAUAUGUAGUAAAGACAGUGACAGUUGUUUUGAUCCACUGCGAACUCCAGCUAGGCUACAUGCUACUUGUUUAAGGUAGCUACAUGCUAACGUAAACUGGCUACAACUUCACAGCAUAAGUGCUUUAAAACAACGAAUGUUACAUCGUUAUACAGCGGGUAUCACAAGAAUAGCGGACGGUGGUUUUAAUGGUACCAGUUACAGCGGUGUUAAAGGAGAACAGCGUCCAAUGUUUACAAAAUCCCACAUGGCGCUAGGAGCGGAUGGCCAACCAAAACUAUUCCUGUGUGAGAGGAGUUUGUUUCCGCUACGAAAACCAAGGUAACAUGGUGUAUUUUAAAGGUACAAUAUGGGUUUAAUAACUAGGUUUUUGGUUUCUGUUUCUGUUAUGGGCAAAGUUUGUAUUGGCAAUCGUCAUCCAGUCAAAUUUUGCACAAAUAUAUUUUUGUUAAUUUGUAUCGUCAUUUCACUCAAAGCGUAAUACAUCGACUGUAUAUAAAAAUCAGUCUAUAGUGUAAUCCUUCCAGUCACUUUCUUAUUUUUAAUUUUAAAGAAGCUUAGUGACUUUAUCAAAUUUGAUCAAACAACCCCAAUCCCAUCAGAGUUGGGAUGCUGUGAAAACUGUUGAUUAAAAACAAAAACAAAUUUUGAAGGUUUACAAAAGAUUUAAAGUCUGUCAUAUAUUUAAUCUAAAAUGCUGCAAAAGACAGCAAAACCUAUAUAUUGGUGAAGUUGAAAAAUCUUAUGGAUGAAAAAUAAGUGCUAAUUUUUACUUUAAUGCCAGCAACACAUUUCAAAACAGAUAAGGGAAACAUUUCUCAAUUAUUUAAUUUAAUUUGCAGUAGGAUAGUAACAUGACUUUGUAUAGAAAGAGCAUCCUAGAGAGGUUAAGAGUCUUGGAAAUAAAACAGAAGGUUCAAUCUUUUGUGGAAGAAAUAGUGAAAAAUAAACCCCAGUGUUGAACUGCAAAGCAUUCUAGGACUUUAUCAUCUGAAAUCUACAUUAUAUCACAAAAAAUCUGGGAAUUUGGAGAAAUCACUUUACAAAAGAGUCAGGGCCCAGAACUAGUACUAGAUGGCUGUGAUCACCAGGCCAUUAUGAUGUGCUGCAUUAAAAACAUACAAGACUCUUUAGUGGAAGUAACUGCAUGGUGUCAAAAAUACGAACAGAAAACAAACAAAUAAAUAAAAAUAAAAAAGUCACUGUCAUAGUUUGUUGCUGCAUCUACAAAUGCAGGUUAAACUGUAUCAUGAAAAUAACAAAACAAUUAAAUUUCUUCUUCUUUCAAUUUUUUUAUCUCCAGAACAUUUCACAAAAUAGGGUUGAAAUUAUUUGGAUACUAUCAAAUUAAGCUUUAUUGAACUUUUACCAAACAUUCCAACCAUAGACUGUAUAUAGAAUACACAUAUAAUAUCCAGUAGACAAUAUAUAAUAUAUACAGUCUAUGGUCCCAACCCUUUAGGAUUUAGAGUUGAAAAUUAGAUUGUAGAGCAGAUUAGAUAGAUUUUUUUGUUUCGUUUUGUUUUACAAAUACAGUCAAGUAUCCAGAAAUUCUGCCCAGAGCAACGUGAUAAAGAUAUUAAAAAUUUUAGGUGUUAAAAUAACAGAAAACAGAAAUUCAAUGCAAAACAAUUGUUAAUUUUGAACUGACGCGUCUAAAUUUAAUCAAGAGGUUAAAAAAAAAAAAGAGUAAAAGUUAUGGUUGUCCAACAAAAAGUUCCUACUUCUUUGGCGCUUUGGCGUCACCUUGUGUACAGAAAAGAAAAUACAGUAGAGCAAAAACGUGAACCACCAUUCGAAAUAGUAGUAUUUUCGCUUAUUUUGGACGCACUAGUAUGUUUGAUCCAUUUUUAUUUUCUUUGAGCUGCAUGGAAAGCCAAGGUUUGUCUCGUGACACCGACCACCAGUGCCAACUUUUUUCUUAGAUUGACUAAUAUAUAAUCUGUCACUUUUCUAAAAAUACUGUUUAUCUAUCCCUAAAUCCGUCGACAGUCCCUCAGAGUUGUAGGUAGCGGCAGUAGUGAGUUUAUCUCAUUGAGAGUUGGUCAUGAGUGGAGUCACAUGGUUUGCUAUUUAUACAUAAAUAGUGCAGCAGUGAUAUCGAAACUGCGGAAGGUCGUUUGUGUGUCCCUGCGAGCACACGAGGGACUUUUGGGUAGAAGGCCUCACUUACAGGUGACCCUGCUGCUUAAGUGAAAGCUGAGCUGCUUUACCUGCUCUUUCUGGAAAACCUGAGAGGCAAGUCUGAGAAUAGUUUGCUCAGAAAAUCAACGACUUUAUCAAUGACUUAAUCAGUAAAAGUUGGAGAAUGAUUGGCACUGAUUGAUGGCACCCCACUCUCAUUUGGGAGGUGAUUAAGUGUAAAAACAGGCCUAGAACUUAAGAACUUGAGAUCCUAAACUGAAAACACUAAAACAGAGAAGUUAAACUGUUCAUACUUUCUUGCUUUUAAGAUAUAAAGUUGUGUGUUUUAUGAAAGACUUGUACUUUAAAACAACCAAUUUUGUACAUUGUGUGAGAAAGUGUGCAUCAGUGUUUGAUCCUGAGCUUGACCACAUGUUAUCUCAACACUGAUUUGUCUUCCUACCUCUCUCUGCUCAUGCCCACAACAACCAGGCCAGACUUGGCACAGAUACCCUCCCUGUGCCGUCACAAUUUCAGAUCUCGCGGACAAGCCUGAAGUGUGUAAUCAACCCUGUGUGUGUCCUGGGAGGCUGAAAUGUCACUCUGCUGUCUGUAGGCCUCGCAGCACAGACAGCCUGAGUGUAGGGGCUCAGGAUUUAACUUUAGGGGGGAUUAGAAUGACUUUUCUUAUUUGACAGCAGAUGCAGAAGUAGUGUUAACUCCUUAUCUACCUCUGCUUGUUUGUGUUAAUAUUAAAGAGCCAGAGGGAGUCUUGGGGCGGACACUCAGCAGCAGCAGCAGCAGCCAUGUCGACCCUCCUGCGCUGUGUCUCCAGCUCUUCUUUGGUAUUGUUUCAGCGAGGGGCCCGUCAGAAGUUACCUGGAAGGAGGAAUUUUAGGACUUUCCCUGCGUUAUGGGACCAAAAGGCCUCCAGAGGUAGGAUAUGUCCAGAUCUGUUAAAAUCUCUCAGCUCAACCUUACAUGAUUUUUCUCAGAAGUCAAGCCGGGGUCUGCGUGCUUUCUUUUGCUUUGGAUUUCCUCUGUGUUUGAUUUGAAGAAUAAGAGUUCACUCAAGGACACGCUCCUCCUGGCCAGAAGAGUGGAAAACCCCACACAGACCAUGAACUGUUUUGCUUAAGGUUGCUAGAGAUCUUCCCUAAAUAGGGAAAGCUGGUAGUGAAGCAGGCAGUGGCUUUGCUCACUUAGCUGGAGGAGCUGCUGCUAAAGAGGUCAGUUAAAGGUGACAUGUGAAAGUUUUACUGCUGCCUGGCAGAUUCUGUCCACAGAUGUUUGUUUGGGGAGUCAGUGUUACUCUCUGGACAUAUAGAACUGACUGUUUGUGAAAGGUCUGAGAGAUACUGAGUGCUUUUUAAGUUUGGAUUCUGAACAUGGCGAUGUGGGAGUGUAGGCCUCUCUGUGUGUGCUGGCUCAGGUCCAAUCACCUGCUAAUAAUGUCUCCAUGGUGGCGAGGUCACCACGCCGUGUAUGGAGAGAAAUGUGUAAUCUGACACUGUUCCCAGCCACUCACUCUCCACCGUAUACGCAUGUUUCCCUGCGUUGUUGCCGUAAAAGAUAAACAGACACAAUUCCUUCUGUUUUAUAUCAAGACUGAUCUUGAUUAUUCAGCAUGAAAUGUCCCCAAAUUAAUCAGAAAGUGUCUCUUUGCCAGGAAAGACCUGAGUCCCAGAACUUGUGUACAACAGACUCAACUUUCUCUGGUUUGUAUGUUCAGGUGUGCUCUACAAAGACCUCGUGGUUGGCGUUCCUAAAGAGACUGUACAAAAUGAGCGCCGUGUGGCGUUAUCUCCUGCUGGGGUGCAGGCGCUGGUCAAACAGGGCUUCAGUGUGCAGGUGGAGAGUGGAGCCGGAGAGGAGUCCAAGUUCUCUGAUCAGCAGUACAAAGAUGCUGGAGCCACAAUCACUGACGUCCAGGGAGCGCUCGGCUCAGAUUUGGUCCUCAAGGUUUGAACACAUCUCUCAUUUGGUCGUCUAAUAAGAUCAUCCUGUGUUCAGUUUAUUCAAGUCAAAACAUUUCUGGGCUCUUGUUUCUGCUGCAGGUUCGAGCCCCCAGCCUGAGUGAAGCAGACCUCCUCAAGCCAAAGUCCACCCUGGUGAGCUUUAUCUACCCGGCACAGAACCCAGAGCUGAUGCAGAAGCUGUCAGAGAGGGAGAGCACUGUGUUGGCCAUGGACCAGGUGCCCCGAGUCACCAUUGCACAAGGCUAUGAUGCACUCAGCUCCAUGGCAAACAUCGCUGGGUGAGGAAAAGUACACAUUCACCCAUGUAUAUCUUUGUAGCUGUUCAGGACUGUAUAUUUAAAGUGAACGUCACAUCAAUACAUAUCCUACUUUAUAGGUACAAGGCUGUGGUUCUGGCUGCCAACCACUUUGGCAGGUUCUUCACUGGUCAGAUCACAGCUGCAGGAAAAGUACCUCCUGCUAAGGUAACUGUCAACAUGUGUGAUUAUAUAACCUCUUCCUACAAUCUUUCUUUUCGCUGCACCUCUUAAGAGAUAAUCAAAAUGUGCCAUAGCUAUUUUUUUCUGUUGUCCACAGGUUCUGGUAAUUGGAGGUGGAGUCGCUGGUUUGGCAGCAGCAGGAGCAGCAAAGUCAAUGGGAGCCAUAGUCAGAGGGUUUGACACCAGGUAUAAGAGUUCAAAGACAGUCACAAACAAAGUGAUUAUAGUUGUCAUGACUUUGGUGAUAACUCGUUUGUUUUUUUUGUCUCUCAGGCCGGCAGCACUGGAGCAGUUUAAGUCAUUUGGAGCAGAGCCUUUAGAGGUGGAAGUCCAGGAGUCCGGGGAGGGGGUUGGAGGUUACGCCAAAGAGAUGUCGAAGGAGUUCAUCGAGGCUGAGAUGGCUCUUUUUGCUAAGCAGUGUAAAGAGGUCGACAUUCUUAUCAGCACUGCUCUGAUCCCUGGUCAGUUAUACUCAAACCUUUUUAAGUGUUUUUUUAUUAUUAAUUAUUGAAUAUGAAAAUGGCGACUCUCUUUUUAUUAGAAUAUUCAUCUGCCUCUUUUUCUUUUCUUACCUUUUAAAGUGUCCACUAGCUCAGUGAUAAACGCUAUUUGUCUGUUAAAUGCAGGUGCUCAUCAGCCAUAACAUCUCAUACACGUGUUCUGAUGCUUGUUACGGUUCGAAAUAAGUUGAUUUAUUCAGCUUUAUUAAUGAAACAUCUUCUGACUUAAUUGUUUCUUUCACCUCAUGGUAAUAAUAUAUUUUUUUAAUACCACCUGGUCCUCUUCAUCUCGCUCAUCUUGUUUUAUUGCAGGGAAGCGAGCCCCUAUUCUGAUCAAAAAGGAGUUUGUGGAGUCCAUGAAGGACGGCUCUGUCGUGGUGGACCUGGCUGCAGAGGCAGGAGGCAACAUUGAGACCACCAAACCCGGGGAACUCUAUGUUCACAAGGUUAGGUGUCUGUUUGGACCUCUUUGAAGCCAGAUUUGUUCCCUUCUGAUAAUAAUGUAAAAUUGACCGCUUUUGUACUUCUAUUCAACCACCAGGGAGUAACACACGUUGGCUACACAGACCUUCCGAGCCGCAUGGCCACCCAGGCCAGCGCUUUGUAUUCCAACAACAUCCUGAAGCUGCUGAAAGGCAUCAGCCCUGAUAAGGAAUACUUCCACUAUGAGCCCACAGAGGAAUUUGACUAUGGAACUCUUGACCAUGUCAUCCGUGGGACUCUGGUUAUGAAGGUAGGAUUUUAUUCGCUGUAACUGUCCGCUGGCAGCCUCAGCAUCUGCUGGCAUUGAUCUCCCCCUCUCGGCAUGAGCUAUCAGAUCCUGUCAUGCUACGAUACUGUGCCAAAUGAGCACUAAAAUCCCAGUCCCGGCUGGGAAAGGCUCAUGUUGGAUCUCUGCAAGAAUGCAGUGAACGUUUCAAAAUAUACUUUUCCAGGAAUGUUGGCUUUGACACAUUGUUUAUGACAGAGAAAGCAUGCAACCUCAAUUGAACAUAUCAGUUUACCCCUUGUUAAACUAAGCAUUAUUCAGGCCCCCUUAGAAGAGAAUUUCCCUUUCAGAACCACUGGUAACUGGUUUGUGAUUGCUGUUUGUUCAGCAUAAUCUCCUUUGUGGUCGAUGAGUUUGUAUUCUGAGAGCUCCAAACCAGCCAGGCGAGAUCUCCCACAAUGAUCGACUCCAAAGUUUUGAUUUCUGUUUCUCACGCAAAACUCUGGAUGUCCUCUGAGUUCUCACACGGUUCCACAUGUCUGUUUUUGAUGUGUCCAGGACGGCAAGAACAUGUUCCCGUCCCCCCUCCCCAAAACAGCCCCCCCAGCCCCAGUGAAACAGAAAUCAGUGGCAGAGUUGGAUGCUGAGAAAGCUGCUGUGAUCUCUCCCUUCAAACGCACCAUGACCUCUGCGGGGGUCUACACUGCAGGUCAGACAUUAAUUUACACACCCAGGAGGAAGUUUUCUGUUGACGAGGAGUCAAAAUUGAAUGUGCUGUAAGGUUAUUUAACAAGGAUUUUUCAGAUGUGCUCUUUUAUUUCCAACAGACUCUUCUGAUCAGACAAACCCCCCAAAUUUAACUGCAAUUGUACAAUAAACCAAACGGAAACUUUAAGCAAAUUGAAUUUCUUGAGUUAUGUUUGGCUCAAGUUGCACAAAUGCUUGAUUUAAUCUGAUUGUAAAGAUCAGCUACACUGUAUUAAGCAGCUCAAAACAGGGCUGAGACAGUAAGUGGAUAGACUAAGAAAAUAACUGCAGCUUUAUUAAUGAUUAAGUUACCGUUUAAUGUCAUUUCUUAGCAAAAUUGCUGAAUAUUUUGAAAAUAGGUGUGUAUGACUCCAGGAAACCAACUAUCCUCAGGUUUGGUUUAUCAAUACCACAAAAGAGACUCCUCCAAUACUUGAGUAGGACACCAGUGGAAUAUUUUGAUGGAGACUUUUCAUGUUUUUUUUUCCAGUUUAAAUCAAUGAAUCAAGAAAAUAUUUCAUUUGAUUGUUAAUUUAAUUGGGUCCCCUGUUUAGGAAAAAUGAUAGGAAAGUUUUUCCUGUUUUUUUUUUUUUAAGUCAACCUUUUUCUACUUCGAGCUCCAAAACAAACAGGUUUUAAUUAGACCUCAGAGCAGAGAUACUCAGAUGUAAUUAAGAACAGGGGGGAUCGGUUUGUCAGUCAAGUAAGUUUUAGAGAAACUCUGAGUCAUGAUACUUGUGUAACCUGUUAUAUAAAUUUAAAAGUGUGACUUUUUCCAUUUAUUUUCCAACCAUUGAUGCAAUGGAAUAAUUGCACAAGCAAAACAAACGGCAAGCUGCACAUUUCUCUUCCACCACAACAAGACAACAAACAACACGGAUCAUGUCAGAACUUCAACAACAACACUGAUCUGCUCUGUGUCUCUGUAGGAGUGUCCACCUGUCUAGCUCUGGGCAUCAUCUCCCCCAACGCAGCCUUCACUCAGAUGGUCACCACCUUUGGCUUGGCAGGGAUCGUGGGAUAUCACACUGUAUGGGGCGUGACCCCGGCUCUGCACUCACCUCUCAUGUCUGUCACCAACGCCAUCUCAGGUAUAGUUGAGUGUAUUUGAUUUGUAAUCUCGCAUCCUUUUAUAGAUUUUUAACACACUCUUUGCCCUCUCCGUCAGGUCUGACAGCGGUCGGUGGUCUGGUGCUGAUGGGUGGCGGCCUCACACCCUCCAGCCUGCCUGAGACUCUCGCUCUUGCGGCUGCCUUCGUUUCCUCCAUCAACAUUGCCGGUCAGACUAUCAACAUUUUAAGACAAUGAGUAAAAUAUUUCAGAACACUGAUGACUAUAUGGAUAAAAUAAAAACAUCUUUUUUUGCAUGUCUGCAUGUCUGUAGGUGGUUUCCUGAUCACUCAGAGGAUGUUGGACAUGUUCAAGCGCCCCACUGACCCUCCUGAGUACAACUACUUGUACGCUCUUCCUGGCGCUGCAUUUGUAGGGGGUUAUGGAGCGUCAUUGGCUGCGGGAUAUAACAUUGAGCAGGUAAACGUCUUAUCAUUUUCCUUAUAUGUAUAUGAGUAGCUUUAAGAUGAGCAGUUGUUUGACUGUAGCUCUCACGAUGACAGGAUCUGAUUCUGUCACAUCCUCUGUACGCUUAUUUCUUCCGUAUCAGUGCUGCAUUGUUAUGGUAGACCGAAGUCUGUCAGAAAACACCGGAACAUCUUAACCAAAACUUUCCCAGAGUCCUUGAGAUUGUUUGUUGUGAACAAUGGUCAAAAUUCCAAAGAUCUUACAUUUCUUGAGAAUCACUGAACCAAAGACUGGCUUAAAAGUAUUUUUAAGCCACUUUGGGGGCUUUGUAGCCUUUAAUUGAACGAGACAGUUUAUAAGGGAAACAGGAAAUAUGGGGAGAGAGAGCGGGGGAGGACACACACAAAAUUCUGCCAGGACCGGGAAUUGAUCCUAAUACCAGUUCAACAAGGAUUAUGGCCUCCGUUCAUGGGGCGCCUGCUCUUCCAGCUGAGCUAAACCAGCACCCUGGCCUGAAACACUAUCAAAGCACAUCCUGAUCGCUUUAAUAUCUUUUUCCUUUCAUUUCUGCUCCUUCUUCUUGGAUUUCAUGAAUAUUGGCAACCUGUAUCCAAACCUGUGUUACCUCCACAACUCGUCUUUGAUCGGGUUUUACAUCACAUCUUUUUAAAUUAGUUUUAUGGAUUUUUUCUCCUACUGAUCAGAUCAAAGUAGACUUAUCUGAGACUAUAACCCUCUGACUUGUGUUUAAUACCUCAGAUGAUGUACCUGGGUUCUGGUCUGUGCUGUGUCGGGGCGCUGGCAGGCCUCUCUGCUCAGGGGACAAGUCGUUUGGGGAAUGCCCUGGGUAUGAUGGGAGUCGCAGGGGGCAUCGCCGCCACACUCGGUGCUCUCAAACCCUCUCCAGAGCUGCUGUCUCAGAUGUCUCUGGCCAUGGCUACUGGUGGAACCCUGGGUAAGAGGAACUCCUACUAUCAGUGGAUCUAAAGUUGGAUACAGAUGAUUUUGUUGUCAGACUGCUCAAAUUUAAACUUUGGUAUCUGAUUGGUCAGUGCAGAACAUUCUUAUCCAAACUUAAGACAGGUCUUGUUGUUAUUCACUCCUGAAAGCUCACAAAAAGCUUGCUGUGUUUUGUUUGGGCAUUAAAAAUCAGCAAAACAACUCUGAGAGCCAGAAACCAAAAAUAUAAAGCUCAAGAAUGACUCGUUUUGAAGCCCAACAGGUUGUUUAGAAAACAACAAGCCCACCGUGAAUAAUUUGCACGUUAUUGGCUUUGCGUGCAACUCCUGCGGUCUUUGAAGAGUGUGAAGUUUUUGCUAAUUCCUAACAGAGCAUCAAUCAUGCUGUCCAGACGGAAAGAUGGGUGGGUUUCAUCAUCAUAUGUGAAUGCUCUACAUGUUAACAGCCAUGUAGAAAAGCAGAAUGAUGAAUGGUGUUCCAAUCUACGUACACACGCACGCACAGGCAGCAGAGCAUGAGGUUUCACUCAGUGUUAAAUUAGGGACCCUAUGUUUUCAAAAAAAGCCCGUACAAUACUAAACUUAGGAGUCAUUAGUCUGCCUUUGAAGAUCAGUGCCGUUUGUUAAGAGUGAAGUUACUGAAAACAUGUGUUAGCCUUAAAACCAUUUUUCCUCUAACUUAAUAUUUUCACUUUUUGAGUUCAAACAUAUCCAGUGUGCAUGAGAAGUUUAGUGUCUGGCCUCGGCUCAAUCAGACUGACUUGAGUAACACAUUAAGAUUUACUGAUCUGUCUUUUUUCCCCUUUUUUUUUCGCCCUCAGGUCUGACCAUUGCCAAGCGUAUUGAAAUCACAGACUUGCCGCAGCUCGUGGCAGCCUUCCACAGCCUUGUGGGGCUGGCAGCUGUUCUCACCUGCGUGGCUGAAUACAUGAUUGAGUACCCCCACUUGGAAACUCACCCAGCCGCUGGUGUACUCAAGACUGUGGCGUAUCUGGGCACCUACAUCGGAGGUGUUACUUUCAGUGGCUCUCUGGUGGCCUAUGGCAAGCUACAAGGUAAUAUGGUUUACUUUAAACCUAUAGUAUCUUUAUACCCGUAGGAUAUUGAAUUCUGACAUAGUGCUGGCCGGCUGUACACUUAGACUUUGACAAGGCUGGUCUUUCUUUGACACAGACACGGUAAUAUCUAUAUAAUCACACUGAGCUCUGUGUCCUCUGGUGCUGAUUGUGUCUUUCAUCUCGCUAAAGCCAAAGAUUCCUCUGUAAAUCCAGGCCUGCACUGGGCUUUUUCCAGCAGUCACUGAUUUACAUUGUUGUGGGACUUGAAAAAGGAACACAUGGGAGGAUUUCUGGUAAUUUGAUGGGGCUGUACAGUGGCUGCUUGGCUGUGAUUGAUGAAAGGCUGCUGUCUGAUUUGUGGACAAAGUAGACCAAAGACACACUCAGGAAAAAAAAUAGGUUUCUACAUUUUAUCCUGUCAGACUAUUUCCUUUAGUGUGACAGAAAUGUUUUAUUUCUGGUUCUUUCUUAUUUGUUCAUUUGUUUGAUUUAUAUGAUUUCUGCAGGCCUCCUGGACUCAGCCCCCUUGCUGUUGCCAGGACGUCAUGCCAUGAAUGCAGGUCUAAUGGCUGCAUCAGUAGGAGGAAUGGUGCCUUUUAUGCUCACUUCAAGCUAUGAAACUGGUAUGGGCUGUCUACUGGGGGUGUCUGGGCUUUCCACCAUCAUGGUGAGUUUCUGCUAAUAACUAAGCUAACAACCAUUGAACUAAAACACAUUAAAAACCACCUUAAAUUAUUAAAAAUUAGUGAAAAAUUUCCUUCUGUCAUUAAAGAAUCUCAUCAACAUUUAAAGGUGUAUUUCAGGAUAAAAAGAUUGAAUAAAAUCUUUGCAUAAAAUGUCCCUUUGUCAGUGACUUUGAAGUAAUUUUUAAAAAGUAAAAUACAUCACUCGGGAGAUUUUACACUACUCUUAAUCUCAUGAUUAGUUUUAAAAUACCCUCAAAUAGGUUAGCGUUAAAAUAAUUUUCCCCACUUGUUUAAUUUCUCUGUUUACCUUCUCUGCACAGGGUGUAACUCUGACAGCAGCUAUUGGAGGAGCUGACAUGCCCGUGGUCAUCACUGUGUUGAACAGUUACUCCGGCUGGGCUCUGUGUGCUGAAGGCUUCCUCCUAGACAACAAUCUCAUGACGAUUGUUGGAGCUCUGAUCGGCUCUUCCGGUGCCAUCCUCUCCUACAUCAUGUGUGUGGUGAGUAGACACACAUAUGCGAACAUGCACUUAAGUUUAUUUUGAUUUUUUCUGCUCAGCCUAACUCUCAAAGAAAAUGUAGACUUGAGCUCAUCCCAGGUCUGCUAAAACACAGCAGGGUGAAGAAAAAUGUUCGACAGUUUAAUCGCCACAAUUAACUCUUGUCUUCUCUUCUGAGGCUAUGAACCGCUCCCUGCCUAAUGUGAUCCUGGGUGGGUAUGGCACCACCUCCACAGCAGGCGGUAAACCCAUGGAGAUAGUUGGCACACACACUGAGGUCAAUGUGGAUCAGACCAUUGAAAUAAUCAAAGAAGCAAACUCCAUCAUCAUCACCCCAGGUACACUGAGUUUUUUUUGUUUAAAACACUUUGUAUUUUAUUACAGUUUGUAUAAAGAGAUUCUGGGAGUGCAUAAAUGCAGGACUUAAAGGUGUACUCUACAGCACCACCAUGAAAAAGCCACUAUAUCCUAACAGAUCUGAAAAACAGCUAAGAAAGCAAGGAUCAAAAUCAAAGUGGUAUUCUCAGAAUACAAUAUCAUCUAGCAGACGCUUUUAUCCAAAGUGAUGUACAUACAAAUCAGGACACACACACUGGGAGCAAGGUGGGUUAAGUGACUUGCCCAAGGACACAAGAGACAGACUAGGGGUAGGAGGGAAUCGACCCGCCAACCUUUGAGUUGUUAGAUGACUGAUCCAUCUCCUAAGCUACUGUUGCCCUCAGAUAUCAUCCAUUAGGACCACUGGUGCGUUGUGUAACAUCACUUUAGGUGAUUAAAAGAGAACCUAUUAUACUCACUUUCCCUUUUAUUGUUCCAGCUGGAGACACCUACAGAGAGCAGCUUUACAUGAUUAACAGAUCAACUUCUCACACCAGCGUCUGUUAAAACCGUUACCUCAGCACUAUUCAGCAGCUGCAUGAAACACUUUGUUUUUUCUGCAGCCUGAAAAUUCUGCCUUUACAGAAAAUGUCUGAGGCUGACCUUUAGCGUCCGCUUGGCUCCCAGUUCAGCCAUGUCAACGUACUUUCACUGUUGUUACAGUAGCUGCUGUUAGUGUUGCUUACAGUUUGUGGCUCCAAGCCUUCAGGGAAGGUCUCUAUCAAUGGGGAAGUUUCAAAUCCAGCCUGUACUGGCCUUUGUUUUCUAAGGAGUCCUGAGUGAAGUGGUGAGCACAAGCUGCUCUGAUGUGGCUGUUGUCCCAAAAACAUAUUCGCUCUGUUUUUGGGAAGAGAGAAUAACUUUGAUUGUCUCUCACAACCAAAAGAACCCUUAGGAUCAAUUUUCUGAGAUGUACUGCAUCAACAAAGUACAAGACAGAGGAAAAAGACAAGCAGUGAAUUGGACUCUAGCUUCCUGAAGGCUGCGUCUUUUAAUAGGACCGCUGGAUGGGCAGUUAAAAAUAGUCUUGAUAGGAUUGCAUGUCCUGAUGUUAGAUAAUGGCAGUGUUUUGAAACAGGAUGUUCAAAGGACAUGGAAAACAAGUCCAUGCUAAAGUUUGGUACGGGCAGCCAACAUUGGACCAUUAUGUAUGUAUUAAAAUACCAUUCAGCAUAAUAGGUCUCCUUAAAUGAUUACAGUGUUCCCUAUAGAGCCACGAGCAGCUUUGAACAACUUAAUAUUUGUUUUUGUAUUUUUCUCCGCUCUUGAAUGUACCAAAAUGACACUGCUCCCUUUUAUUUUACAUGCAGUGCUGAUCCAGACUGUACUCUUCUCUAGUAUUUAAGGCAAUAAGUGAUCAAAGAACCAGGGGGAGCAUGACUGAAUUCAUUCAUUCAUCACUUCGACAGGUGUAGAAAGAUGUUUGGGUUGACUUCAGAGACUGAGGUGGAGCACCAAUUUAAUAUGAGAUUCCCUCAUCACCAGAGAGCGUGGAUCCUCUGUACUCCAGCUGCAGCUGCUCAGACUGUCUGCAUCAAUAACAUCAACUAUCUCUGUCAUCUGAUUAACCUUAUCCGACAGAGAGGCUCAGCAUGACUGCUCUGCCAAAUCUAUAUCAAAAUGUUGUUGUGGUAGCUUUUGGAAAACCACAGGAUUUGAAGAGUUUGCAAAUGUUCGGGAUCUCAAACUGACUGUAUGGUAGUCAUUAAUUAAACAGAAAAUACAGGGACUGGACACCACAAGAGGGAGCAGUUUGUCCAUAAAUAAUUACACAGAAACCCGGUGUCUCGUAGCACAUACAGUAUAUACAGUGAGUGUGUCAGAACGUGUUUGUUCGUAAAGAGUUAAGGUUGAUGGAUUUUAUUUUUCAGUGUGAGACGGUGACCACAUCUUGAUUUAUUAAACAGAACAAGCCAGACUCGUCCGACAGCUGAGUAGUUGUCGAGUGGCCUGAGUAAGAGGAACCACUCUUGGAUACUUGGAUUGCUGUUGUUUUCAAGUGGCUCCAAACCAACGCAAUGACAGCUGUGUGGUCCAACAUGCUGCUCUGAUUAGAGAAACAGUGAAAAGUCAUAAGAGCUAUUGAGUCCAGACCCAGGACUUCUCCAUGCGCUGUCAACAACAAAGCACAGCAGUGAGGAAACAGAAGGCUCCAGUUUUCUGGGGAAUUGGGAGAUACGGGUUACGGGCGACUGGCUUCAAAAAACUCAAUUAGGGGUAAUGCUGAACUCUACAAGGUACCUGACCACCAGGGUUAAACAGGGGUUACGCAGACAUAAGGAAAGGAGUUCUUUGCACGCAGGGGACCCGAAGGCACACCACACAUGCAAAAGUUUUACUGAGAAAAAUGUCUCUCAGACCGAUGAAGCACUAUGAUUUAAUAUAGAGAGGAGACUUGUGGUGGAGAGAGGGACGGAAAGAAAGAAAAAACCCUGGAGGAAUAACUUUUUAUUGCCCAUGCUGGAUUACUCUGCUUUCAUUUAGAUAUUAACAGAUUGUGUCAAAGGAUUAGGUUUUAAGCGUUUAAAAGACGUGAUAAUAGACUCAGCAGCCGAAGAAGCACAAGUAACUCCUUUCUCAUGGAAGUUUUUAUUGUGUCAUAGAAACAACAAAACAUAAAAACAAUUGUGAUAAAAUGUUAUUCAUCAGCAGACAAUUAAAGCAAAAGAAAGAGGUUCCACCCUAAAGUAUGAAAGAGCACUUGUAUCUUCAUCCAAAUUCAGUUACAGUGUUUACAAAACACACAUAAUUCAACCCUGAACUCAAACUGUUUUGGGCAUUAUUCAGUCUGGUGUUCAAGUUAUUUUUCUAGAGGCAGCAGUUUCUUCAAUGAAUUCAUUCCGCUCUGUCAACCCUGGUUUAUAUGUCCCCAAGAGAUAUGAAGAUAAAGACGUUUAUCUUAUUUUGUUUUAUAAAAAUUAUCCUAGGCUGAGAGUGGCCCUUUUUUAACCCCUUGCAUGAUUAUUCUCUUGAUGGUUUUGACUUUAGGUUGGGGUCUGUGUGCAGCCAAAGCCCAGUACCCGAUUGCAGAUAUGGUGAAGAUGCUGAGCGAACAGGGAAAAGCUGUCAGGUGAAAAUCUAUACACAUUCUGUUUUAUCAUCCAAGGCCUGUAAACGAAGCAAUAUUUGGAUUACAGAUACUAAAUAUGAAGCAAUUCAUCGGUUAAAUUGCAAUCAAUCAAGUUAAGAAGCCUCAAGUCUACCUGCUACAAUAUAGAAAAGCUUCUUACUUGUUGCUUGAAACCAUAAAAUACAAGGCUGAGGGGAGUUAUUCUUCCUCUCUGUUGAAUUUGUUCAGACACAGACAUCAUUAAUUAGGGAAUUUACAGUGCCUUAAUGUAGAUCAAUCAGUGUUAAUGGGUAGUUAUAUAUUUUACAUUCACCUCCAUUAGGUUUGGUAUCCACCCAGUAGCCGGUCGUAUGCCCGGCCAGCUCAACGUCCUCUUGGCCGAGGCUGGAGUUCCCUAUGAUGUGGUCCUGGAGAUGGAUGAGAUCAAUGAUGAUUUCCCGGGUAAAUCACUUUUUUUUUCACAGAGCUGUAAAAUGUUUUAUUGCUGCAUGGUUGUCACUGUGGCCGGAAGGUGUCAGACAAUAACAUUAGAUCAGCUGUGUGUAAUGACCACAGCCCCCUUUCAUCUACAGUGGGAGCAACUUUGUAAUGUGUCCUGAUAUUUAGAUGUGCUAUGUUAUCAGAGCAACAGUCUUGUUUUCUUAGCAACCAGGCACGCGGUCUGGGACACAUGGUUCUGUUUAUGAGUGGGGGAGAUAAGUGUGGUGAUGGAGAGCCCGAUCGGUUUGUGUUUUCAUCUGUUUUGUAUAUAAAUGAGUGAACAUCUGCGGCCCACAGAGACAGACUUGACACUGGUCAUUGGAGCCAACGACACCGUGAACUCUGCCGCACAAGAAGAUCCAAACUCCAUCAUUGCUGGCAUGCCUGUCCUGGAGGUGUGGAAGUCCAAACAGGUUUGUUUUCAGUUUUUUUUCUUUUUGCAUGUCACUGCGUUUUAGUCUGUGGUACAGAAGGUGACUAUGUAUUCUUAUCUUCCUCAGGUAAUUGUUAUGAAGCGUACCUUAGGUGUGGGCUACGCUGCAGUUGAUAACCCCAUUUUCUACAAACCCAACACAUCUAUGCUGCUUGGAGACGCCAAGAAGACGUGCGACAGCCUGCAGGCCAAGAUCAGAGAGACCUUCUACUAGUGACCCCACGUUAACUUGCCACCAUGGACAGUAGGCAGGUGCACAGAUGUGAGAUUUCCAGCAUUGGCUUUGAAGAUUUAUUUUAGAUGGAUUCAAUAGCAAGUGUCCAAGAACUAUGAGUAAUAUAUGAUAAGGCAUGUAUAAUGAAAGCACUAUUAUUUACUGAUUUGUAAAUAAAAAUAUUGAAACAUUUCU